AGAAAGAAAAAGACUAAGAGCGGACACUCCGAGAAAUCUGGCCUCAGGAACUACGUCACGGCUACGUAACGAACUAAUGCUCUCAUCAAACGCCAGGGGACGCAGGCGCAAAAAAAGAAAAUUUUGUAAUGAAUUCUGCUCAAUCGCUUUACAAAAUAAUAAUUAUACACCCAAAUUUGGCGUGUUUCUUAUACAUAAAAACAGAAUUUAUCGAAGACACCUUCCGUGCUUUUUGUUCUUCAUUCGUACUGCCAUCAACACCAAUCACCAUUCGUCCAUCGAGCAGAAAUCAACGACACCAGCGGCGUGCCAGCGGGAACGUCUAAUGUCUCGUGAGCGUCGGCUGCGGCGGUGUUCUUGUGUGUGAGAAAGAGCGUGCUGAUGCCAUGCCGUCCGGCGGUCCAAGUUACGGCAGCUACUGCUGUGUGUCGUGGUGCUUCAACAAUGGCAAAACCCAGAAGAAGCCAGGAACGAGUUUCUUCCGCAUACCACGGGACGGCAGGAUGACAGCAUGGAUGCAGUACGCUGGAAGAGACGAUCUUCUGAGUUCUUUGAGCGUCGCUUCUACUAGUGACUGCCACAUGACUGCAGAAGCUGCACUACAAGGAUCUGCGGAAGAGGCUUCGAACAGCGACCCCCACACAUUGAGGUGCCCUGAUGAGCAGGUUGGCAACUCCCUUGGAGCUGGCAAAGGGGCAUCUCCUGAUCUCGGCCUGCUGGAGGAAACCUUGACCAAUCGUUCAGUUGUGACAGAAGGAACUUCUGUGAUCGGCACCUUGCAACUUUCUUCCGACAGCAGUGUCCGAGGCGCUGAACAAGCUUCACAGGACACCCUAGAAGAUGUGUCUGCCAACAGCUCCAUGAAUGAGUGCCCUACUGCAAAUGAGCUUUCCUGCAUGCCAACGACAAGUUGGGCAUCAAAAAUGUAUAAGCAAACCAUCAAACGUCUCCAAGCCAAAGUAGCAGCACAGCGGAAAACUAUCAAAAGACUGCUGAGACAGCCGCACAAAUCACCGUCAUCGACUACAAAGGCUCUUGGCAUUAUCCGACCAUACGUCACCGAGGAGGUUUUUAAACUUCUUUCGACACAUGUUCGCUUGAGGCCAAAAGGCAAGGGCAAGCGGUUUCCCGUUUGGUUGAAGAAAUUCGCUCUUCACCUAAACUUCCGUGGCCCGCGAGCAUACCGAUUUCUGGCUCCAUAUUUUUCUUUGCCCUCCCGGCGUUCAUUAAGAAGGUGGCUAGCCAAUGUAAAGAUGACUCCAGGCACAAUUCCUGGAAUCAUUUCUUCCAUUGCAACAAAUACUCAAGCUUGGAAUGAACGUGACCGAGUGUGUGCUUUAGUUUUUGACGAGAUAGCACUGAAAAAAAAUUUGCAUUAUGAUGUUGCACGGGACGUUGUCCAUGGUUUCACAGAUGAUGGCGCUCACCGCACUUCAACCAUUGCUGACCGAGCAAUGGCUGUUCUCCUUGCUGGUGUUUCGAAGAAGUGGGUUCAACCGGUUGCUUUUACUAUAGGGCACACAUCAACACCAUCAUCUGUUAUGCAUAACCUGCUGUUGUCGCUCAUUGUGGAGCUUAGAUGCAUUCAUAUUACAGUGAAAGCAGUAAUAUGUGACCAGGGUAGUUCUAAUGUCAGUCUCGCUAACCAACUAAGAGACUGCCGCAAAGCCUUUUUUUUUGAAGUUGAUGGUGAGCGGGUAUAUUUCAUCUUUGAUGUACCACAUUUAAUUAAAACAACACGCAAUAAUGUCCAAGCGCACAAGUUGUACAUAGGGGAUGAAAUUGCUGACUGGUGACACAUUGUAAGCCUUUGCGAAUCUUCGCAUGAGUUGCGGUGUCGACUGGCUCCAAAGUUGACUGAACGGCACGUUCAUCAGAAACCUUUUGCCAAUAUGAAGGUCAGCAGAGCAACGCAGGUCCUCAGUGCAUCGGUAUCCAUUGCUAUCACGGCAUUGGUGUAUGCAAACGUGCUGCCUGCCUCAGCCAUCGCUACAGCACAAUUUUGUGAUCGUAUGGACAGGAUUUUCGAUUCCCUGAACAGCUCGAGUAAAAAAAAAACUUCGCAAAAGCUCUGGCAUGCAAUCAUGCAAGAGAAUCCAGAACUGAUUGACUUCCUUCAAGGCCAGCUUCCCUGGAUUGCCUCAUGGAAGUUUGAUGGCAGACGUCAACCAAAAACCAUUGUUGGUUGGCAGAUUACAAUUCAGGCCAUUUGUCAACUGUGGGACGAUCUCUCCAAAAAUUACAAUUUUCAAUACCUUCUAACACGCCGACUUCAACAGGAUCCCCUGGAGAACAUAUUCGGCCACAUUAGGCAAAAACAAGGUUGCAACACCAACCAGAAUGUAGCACAAUUUAUCUAUGGCCUGAAGCACAUCUGCAUAAGAAGGCUGUUCAAACUGUCAGAAUACGGAAAUGUCGAGGAUGAUGAAUGUGACCUUCAGGAGCCCUCGCCAUUCUCCCUCACCAGUGAGUCUCUUUUGAAUAAUGAGGAGUGUGCAAAGCCACAUCCUGACGACUUUCCCGCUCUGGACGAUCUUUCCGAGCUUGCGACUAACAUUCACUCCCAUGUUAUUGAUGACUCCGCUGCAUAUUAUGUAGCUGGCUUUCUGAUCAAAUACUUUCUUCGGAACGCAGGUGAAACUUGCAGUUGCCCACAGUUGUUGAAAGACGACAGCGGGACAAUCAAGGGUCCCCACCAGUAUUUCACAAUGCUCAAAGCAUACCAUGUCCCUAGCAAACUUUUGGGGAAUCUGACUGUUCCAUCGGAAGCAGCUUUCGCAUACGUACAACAACUUGAAUCUCACUUUCUUGCCAUAAUUGAGGCCACCGCACAUCACUCGAAAGUGUGCGACGUUCUGUAUCGCCAUCUGUCGAGCGUUGGCAAUUUUCAUUUCUGCUCUGCUGGGUGUCGCAAGGAGUUUCUCAAAAUGUUUUGCCGGGUUCGUUUAUGCUGGCCUGUGCGUUUCGUGAACCGAAACUUGGAUAAGGUUAGGUUCCAGUCUUCAAUCUCUGGCAUACAACUAGACAAGUUCAAAGGUUAGCAGUUAGCGGCAGCUUUACGCAAAGGUAUUGGAGUUAAACCCAGUCCCGCAGUCACUUUGCUGAAGUCAUCACUCGUUAUAGCAGACUUCAUUAUGGCCUUCUAUUGAGUUCAAGGGAACUAGGCGCUCCUUCGUUUUAUCCAUUGUUUUGUUCACCCACUAUGAGGAGUAGGGACGCUACCUGUAUUUGCUCGAAGGGAUUUGCAUGACCUUGAAAAGAAAUUUGGUAUAUUGUCUGUAUAUUUGUAGCAUCUGCUGGCAAACUCUACAUGCUAUUGUGGGUCGGUUAGUCACUGUGUGCGCUUUAUCUCUCUAGCUCAAGUAAUACAUUGAUAACAAAAGCACUUGUUGAAAUGCGUUAAAGCGGGUAGUACAUAUAGUGGUAAAGAGGUUUACUUCGGCUAUUAGCCGCGUAAUAGCGCACUUGUAGCACCAGUUAAGGUGCAGAAUUUUGGAGAAGUGAAGACUGCAGUGUAUUUCACCUUCACCUUGAACGCUGCCAAUACGUAACAGCAACACUCAGUAGCAAAUCACUUAGGCUCUAAGUUUUUCAUGAAGGCGACACAUAAGAGGAAAAAUGCCUGCCAGUGUUGUAGCAGAACGUUUGUUUUUCAUGUAAUGGGCAAGCUCCAAAGCAUCCCCUUUUCGAGAGCAUCCAGCCAAUGUUCAAGCAGCAAUUUUUUUUUUACAUUUUGGGCUAGCUGCUUUUAAGGGCAGCCUACGCACUCUAUCUUUGCUUUUCUGAUAUCUUGCGUCAUGUGGUUUUUGUACCAUCUUUCUUUCUCUGUGCAUUAUUUCGGUUAACCACAGUCGUGACUAGCGACUUAAGUGCUGUGUGUAUGUUGCGCCUUCCUUCAUCAGUUUUGUACGCCACGUUUGUUCCGUGGAUUCUUGCCUACUGGGCGCUGAUCAGCGCUCCAUACUUCACCAGCUUGCCGGCUUCUGCCAACACUUGUGUUUUCUGUGUAUUUGUUGCAAUAUUUGUUAACUUUGUAAGCAAAGAUGCAGGUAUAUUUCUACACUCAUUUCUGUACGAUGCUCUUCUCAUUUUGUGCUUUUUCUCUGCUCAGCCUCUAUGUUGCCUUGGAAUAAAAACAUUGCGGGAA